AUGGGUAAGUCCUAUUCAUUUUACUAGUUUUUUUUAAUGUCAAGGUUUGAUUUUGUCGCUCAUAUAUCAAGUUUAGGUCGGCAUUUUGAGACGGAUCUUUUGGCGUUGGGUCGAAAACAGCAAGAAGAACGUCGAAAGCUUGAACAGGAGAAGAAGAAACAAUGGGAAAACGUUGAUAAAUACGUGCCAAUCUGUGAGUUUAUCUAUUUUUUAAAUAUUUCGAUGUUUAGAUGAAUUGGCUAAGGAAAAUGGUGGAGAAAACGGACAGAAGGCUGGUCCAAGCAAAGAGAUUAAGAAGACAAACCUCCGGAACGAUGGGUUAAAUGGGAAAGGCGUUUCAAUGGCUGAGAUUAAAAAGGCAGCCAAGAAUUUGUCGACGAAUGUUGUUCGUGAUCUUGCCAAAGUUAAUGGUGUAAAACAAGAAAAUGGAGAUAAAAAAAAGAAGAAGAAGAAGCCUAAGAAGAAAAAUAAGCAAACAAAUGGCACACCAGUGAAUGGACAUGGAGAUAUAAAAGGUGCUGAGGUUUUGGGAGAAGGUAAGACCUUGUUUUAAGUGAUCUCUUGUUAGACGCAGGAAGCUUUUUACAUCUUGACUGAUUAUUGAGGAUAAAAAGUGCAUUGUAUGCUUUUAUUUCAGCUUUGACGCCAAUUAAACGUCAAGGAACACGGAUUGCUGGAAGGUUUAUUGAAUCUUCGGAUAGUGCAAUGUCAGUUGACUCCCCAGCACGAUCAGAUGCUUCUUUCAUCUCUUUGAAGGACUUGAAGCCAAGUACUUUUGCUAAAAAGUUAAAUUUUGACGAUGGUAAGGAUGCGUUUUUAUCUUUUUUUGAAUUUUAUAUUCUCAUAGACAUCACCUCUUACAAGGGAAUGUUACAAACUGCCCAUUCGCUUUUUAAAAAUGAAUGGUACCAUGUGAAAGAGCGUAAAAAGUUGACUAAAAAUCUAUUUUCAAAAACUGCUAAUUUUGCUUUACAAGCCCGCUAGCGAGCUUUUAAAAUUUUUACUAUCAAAACAGGAUUUUUUUAAACCCGCUUUCUUUUUGGCUUCUUUCAAAAAAAGAGAAGUAAAUGUGUUCAAAUGGCCGAGUGGUCAAAGGCGCCGUGAUUGCGGAAUCAAUGGACUUUAGGUUCGAUUCUCUUUUUGGGUAAAUGAUUGGUAUUCUUUUUUAUUUAAAAGUUGAUUAACUUAAAUAUUCAAAAAAAAAAUUUUUUGUUGAUAAUGGCUUCUUACGUCUAAUAAAAUAUAAAAAAAGUAAAAACUAAGGUUUUUAAAAAUUCAAUAAUCCAAGAGAACGAAUAACAACUUAUAAGGCCCUUUCACUAAUGAUUUUAAAAUCUCGCUAGCGGGCUUGUAAGGCAAAAUUAGCAGUUUUUGAAAAUAGACUUCUAGUCAACUUUUUACGCUCUUUCACAUGGUACCAUUCACUUUUAAAAAUCGAAUGGGCGGUUUGUAACAUUCCCUUGUUAGUAAUAUUAUUCGUUUUGUUAAAAAAAGCUAUAUUAUUACAUCUAUUAACUAAAAAUAAUGUUUAGAAGAGGAAGAAGACAGUGAGGAUGAAGAAGAAGUAAUGGAAGUUGAAGACGAGGACGGUGAUUUUGAAUUGGAUAGUGAAGACGAAAGUGACGUUAACUUUGCUUCACGAGUAGCAUCUUUGAUGGAUUCCAGUGCGAUGGAAGGUGAUUCAGAAGAAAGUGGGGCUGAGGAUGAAAUAUUUGGUCCUGUUGAUGAUCUUGAGGUAAGAUUUUUAUUUUUUUCUUUGGGUUUUUAGGUAUUUGUCAUUGUUGGCUCAUAUUAUAGACUAAGCUUAACAUCCUGAAUAAUUACGACAAACUUUUUUGAAUUUUUGAUACAUAAUCUUCAUUUAGGAAGAAAGUGAAGAUCUAGAGGAUGAAGACGUGUUUGACGAAGAAGAUCUGGACUUCAUAGACGACGAAGCAGUCGAAUAUGAAGAUGAUGAUGGUUCAGAAUCCGACUUGACGGACGAAGAAAGCCGAAUAACCGAAAUGGAUACGGACGAAGAGAUUGAACUUGGUUUGAAGCCAAAAGAUGCCAAGAAGAAGAACACUUCUUUAGUGUUGAAGAAAGAAGCGGCCGUUGCCAAGAGAGCACAGAUGAAGUCGGAGCAAUACUUGAAAAAUACAGCUGAUGAAUCUCAGAAAGUUAACGGGAAGAAGGUGAAUGGCACUAAUGGAGUUGGUAGUGAGGAUGAUGAGGGGCGUCAAGGUGAAUAUAGUUUUAUAUUGUUUUUGAGCCUAAAAUACCAUUUUGUUCGCUUAGGUUACGUUUUAAGCAUAAAAUAUAAAUUUGAAUCUCAUUCUUAAAUUUCAGAAUCUGUCAAACAAAAUUCGGCCGAACUUUUGUCCGCAUACGGUCUCUUACCUCAAAGAAAGGCCAAAGUUGCCGCUCUGUUCAAAGAAGGCAUGGAAUUCGACUACGAAUCCACUGACGACUCCGACUUUGAUCAAGAUGAAGCUGACGACGAUGAAGACUUGGAAGAUGCGGAUCCAGUCGACGAAGACGAAAUCAACGACAUUCUCAUGGAUAACAACGACGAGGAGGUUGAGUUUGAAGACGAGUAUGAAGACUCAUCUGAAGACGACGACGAAGAAAUGAUGCACGACAUUGCCAGAAGACAACACAUCUCUCCAGAAGGCAUCGUGAACGAAGGAAUCGAGCUGGAAGUGGCAGGAUUCGAAGUCACAGAGCCAGGACCAACUUGUGUUGUGAUUGAUAGGGAUUUGAAGAAGAAGUGGGAAGGUCAGAAGUAUGAGCUGUUUGGGUUUAACAAAGGUGAUGAACAUUCAGUCAAUGCUGCGGUUAAGGCUUUCAGAUGGUUCAUUGGACCGGUUGGUCCACAGGACUUUUUCCAGUAAGUUUUUAUUGAUUUCUGGAGGUUGGAAAGAAAGUUUUUGCCAUUUUUUUUGUAAAUAAAGUUAUUGCCAUUUUUGUGUUUUCAGAAAGAUUUAUGCUAGAAGAAUGAUGAUUAUUCAAAGAAAAGCGAAGGAUUACUACAGUAGCGUCUUUCCUAUCACAGAUUUCCACAAAUUGUUCCAGGACGUAAGUUACAAUAAUAUUUUGGCAGUUUGUAAUGAGAAGGAUAUUUUUUAUAACAAAAUUACAAGAAUUAUGACAUUUUUUAUAAUUAAACUUUGAAAAAUUGAAGUUUUUUGAAAUUUCAAGUUGAUUUUCAUCAAAAUUUAUCAUUUUUCAGAAUUUCCUGGAAUACGGUGUAAACGCGAAUGUAGCCAAAUACAAGAACGGCCAAAGGACGACGCAUAACGGAGAAGGUAGAAUCACAUCGGGCAAAGUGGUACAACAUUUUGCGGAUGGCUGUUCGAUACAAGUCGUCAAUCCACAGAGUUUCAAUCAGAACAUUCACUACAUCUGCGACCAAUUCCAGGAACUCUUCAAUUGUUUUGUUGGAGCUAAUUGGUAAGAGGGUUUGGGUUGUUGGCAAGGGAUUUUCUUGGGCUAAAAAAUGAUAUUUUAUGCUUAAAAACUGAAUUUUAAAGUAAAGUAAAGGUUAAAAAUGUAGUUUAGGUUUAAAAACGAAAUUUUUGGUUAAAAAUGAAUUUUAAAAAGUUAAAUUUUAGGCUUAAAAAUAAGUUUUGGGCUUAGAAAUGAAUGUUAGGUAGAAAAAUUAAAUUUUGGGCUUCAAACAUACAAUUCAGGUUUAAAAAUGAAUUUUAAGAUAAAAAACUCAUUUUAAAUUUUCUAUUUUUCAGCUACUACACUCCCAAGAAAACAGCCGGCUUCGCGCCACACUGGGACGACAUUGACGCCUUCCUAAUCCAAACUGCUGGCCGAAAACACUGGAAAAUCUAUGGACCCUCAGACACUGAUGAGAUUUGGCCUCUGGAAUCAUCUGGCAACUUCACCGCCGAAGAAAUGACCGAACGUGAAGACACCCUGGUCUUUGAUGGAUGGCUAGAAGCUGGCGACAUUCUCUACCUACCACGAGGCUAUAUUCAUUGUGCCACCGCUGAUAAGAAUGUGGAUUCACUGCAUGUCACGAUUAGUUUGGCACAGAACUUUACCUACGCCGAAAUGAUGAAGGAAAUGGCAACGAGGCUGGUCGAGAGUCAGACGGCAAUGAUACCUCAAGUCAGGAAAAACUUACCUAUUAAUUUGGCCGAGAUUUGUGGAGUCGCUAAUAUUAACUAUGAUAAUGAGGAGCAAAUGGAGAAGAAGUAAGUUUUGAUUCUGUGUCUUCAUAACCAGAAAAUUUGCUUUGGGAGAGACCACAGAAUUAUUUGAACAAUUAAAUAAUUUAAAAAUUUUUUUAAUUUUUAAAAUUAUUUUGUUGAUUGAAGGCUUUUGGAGCCAUUGGACGUCUUCAUGGAACAACAACAAUUGAGUGUACAAGCCAUCAUCCCAGCGGUAGUUGAUAUGGUGGUCAAACAGUCGUUGAGACGGUCGUUACCUCCACUUUUGACACAUUGUAAGGCCUUGACUUUGAAUUUUUUUGCAUUUUAAAAAAAUGAAAAAGUUGAUUUUAGGUACACAAGUUCUAUAAAAUGUCAUUUUGUAGCGAAUGCAGCUUUUACAAAUUAUUUUUUGAGCUAAAUAGGAGAAAUUAGUUUAGGUACUAACUUAUUGGUCUUUUUCAGAUGAACGAGAACAUUCCAUAUAUGGAGUUAGUGGUCAAAUCCCAAAGGUAGUCGAAUUCGGAGCUCAAACUGAAGUCAGAAUCAUCAGGAAACAUACUCAAAGGUAAGUACUUUAAGUUUUGAAGGUUGGUUUAAAAAUUACAUUCUACAAUAUUUAACUUACCACUACUUUUUUCUAUCUAAAUAUCUAUAAACAACAAAAUUUUAGACUGAUGUUCCAAGACGAAGAUGUAGCCUUCCUCGUCCAUCGUAUGCACAACUCCAUGGUAUACGAAGGUCGGCCAGAAACGGUCGUCGACGUGCCAGAAGGCUUCGCUCCACUAAUCGAAAUCCUCCUCAACAACUACCCAGAAUGGAGCACGGUAAAAGAACUCGGAUCCGACUUAAAGAUCAACAAAGCCGUCUGCAAAUUCCUCUACCUUGAAGGCCUACUACUGGUCAAUAAUGGCAAAUCCAAGGCCAGGAAAAUGAAUGUUGUGGUAGAGCUGCCCAAGAACAUUAUUGGUGUCUUGAAGAAGAAGAACACGAGUCUGAAUGAAAGUAGCGACAGAAAAGUUUCAUUCUCACCGGAUGUAAAGGUAAAGAAGUUCCUAAAGGACCAAAAGUUCACGGAAAAGAAGAAAGAAGCCAAGAAUCAUGUGAAACAAGGCAAAAUCGUGAAGAAGAAGAACCAAAAACCACAGGGAAAGACCAGAAGUGGAAAUAAAAAAAGAAGUAACAAGUUUAAGUGA